AUGACGACCGAGCCCUCACAAGUGCACCAGAGCUACCAGCGGGAGUUUGAGGCUGCCAUCAACCAGCAGAUCAACAUGGAGCUGUAUGCUGCCUACGUGUACCUUUCCAUGGCCUACCAUUUCGACCGUGAAGACGUGGCCCUGAAGAACUUCGCCACCUAUUUUCUGGGUCACUUGCGCCAGGAACAAGAGCACGCAGAGAUGCUGCUGAGGCUGCAGAACCAGCGCAGGGGCCACAUCCAGCUGCACGACAUCAGGAAGCCAGACCUGGAUGACUGGGGCAGUGGGCUCAACGCCAUCGAGUAUGCCUUCCACCUGGAGCAGACCAUCAACCAGAGUCUAGUGGACCUGCACAAGAUGGCCAUGGAAAAGGAUGAGCUGCAGCUGUGUGACUUCCUGGAGCGCCACUUUCUGCUCGAGCAGGUGAGGAUCAUCAAGGAGCUGGGCUACCACGUGAACAAGCUGUGCCAGCUGAGGGCCUCGGGUGGCGGCCCAGAAGAGUACAUCUUCAACAGUUUCACCCUGAGCGACAGUGACGAGGAGAACUGA